GUGUAGAUUGAUUACUGAGCAAAAACCACGUUAAAACCCUCUCUCUCUCAGGAGUCCGGUGGUUUCGAGAGUGGGAUAUGAAAUGGCUCGCUGUUCACUGGUUCCGUCUAUAAACCCAGCUCAUAGCUUCCGUCAUCAGUUUCCUCUACCCAAUGCGCCAUUCUAUUUUCCUCCCUCUCAACCGAUUUAUUUGCGUGUUCGGAAAUGUGGGUUUUCCGGCGGAAAUCGCCAUCGUGGGGUCACCAUGGCCGCCGGGACAGACCACUACUCCACUUUGAAAGUCAACCGCAACGCUACCUUGCAGGAGAUCAAGAGCUCCUACCGAAAACUCGCGCGCAAGUAUCACCCGGAUAUGAACAAGAACCCUGGUGCAGAAGAUAAGUUCAAACAGAUUAGUGCUGCUUAUGAGGUAUUAUCUGAUGAGGAGAAGAGAUCCGUGUAUGAUCGCUUUGGUGAGGCAGGUUUAGAAGGAGGUUUUAAUGGAUCACAGGAUACUUCUUCUCAAGGGGUGGAUCCAUUUGAUUUGUACAGUGCAUUCUUUGGAGAUUCUGAUGGAUUCUUUGGGGGAAUGGGUGAAUCAGGAGGGAUGGGUUUUGAUUUUAUGAAUAAGAGAAGCCUAGACCUUGACAUUCGGUUUGACCUGCGGUUGAGCUUUGAAGAGGCAGUAUUUGGAGUGAAACGAGAGAUUGAGGUUUCUUAUUUAGAAACAUGUGAUGGUUGUGGAGGAACAGGUGCUAAAUCCAGUUCCGCCAUUAAACAGUGUAGUAGUUGUGAUGGUAAAGGGCGUGUGAUGAGCACUCAGAGAACACCCUUUGGAAUCAUGUCCCAGGUGUCCACUUGCUCCAAAUGUGGCGGUGAAGGCAAAAUCAUCACUGAUAAGUGUCGAAAGUGCGUAGGCAAUGGGAGACUACGGUCUAUGAAAAAAAUGGAUGUUGUUGUCCCUCCUGGUGUCAGCGAUAGAGCCACAAUGCGGAUUCAAGGAGAAGGUAACGUGGACAAAAGAAGUGGAAGAGCUGGUGACUUGUUCAUCGUGCUUCAAGUUGAUGGGAAACGUGGAAUUCGCCGGGAAGGGCUUAAUUUAUACUCCAAUAUCAACAUCGAUUUCACAGAUGCUAUACUUGGGGCAAUCACAAAGGUAGAAACGGUUGAGGGAACAAUGGAUCUUCGUAUUCCCCCAGGAACUCAGCCUGGCGACACCGUGAAAUUAUAUCGAAAAGGAGUUCCAGACACGGAUAGACCUGCAAUCCGGGGAGACCAUUGCUUUGUAGUGAAGGUUUCGAUCCCCAAAAGCCUGAGCGAGAGGGAGCGCAAAUUGGUAGAGGAAUUCUCGUCACUCAGAAGAUCUACCAGUAAUACUGAUACUCGUCAAGAAGAGCAUAGUUUUAACUCAGAUCCCAAAAAAGAAAGGUCUUGGUGGCAUAAAGUGAAGAAUGUCAUAAGACCGGAGGAUUCAAGAGCAAAAUUUGGGACUAUGAGCUUGAACCCAUCAUGGCCACUACGAAGAAUGAAAGCGGCAGAGACUUCAAUUAUUCUCCCGUUCUUGGCUCUGUGCGUUAUAACCUCGGCUGUUGCGUUGGUUCAGAAGAAGGGUAAGCGCUUGAAACAAAAGAAGGAACCUUAGUAUCUUGAAACCCAAAUGAAGAACUUUAACUUCAAGUAACACAGAGAGCUUUUACCAGAUUUAAAAGGCUCUUUGUGUUGCCACACAAAUUCUAGAUAGUUUCUAGGUUGAAUUUGUUUUGUCACAUAAGAUAUAUGAUAUUGUAUGUAUGUUAUAUCAUUUUGAAUAUAUAUGGUUUGGAGUUGUGAUACGACGAA